ACACAUUGGAUGCUGCACAGAGUCAGAUCUACAGCAUCAGCAAGGCUGUGCUCCUCCAUCCUCAUCCUCAUCGCCACCCCCUGCCUCUUUCUCUCUCUCUUUUUCUCCUCCUUUGCCUCUCCUUCCCCCGUUCCGCCAACCCCUUUGCUCUCUCUUUCUCUGUCCCUUCUCCCCCCCUUCCUUUCGACGGACACGCGCCGGCCUGCCCCUGAGCAACGCUGCAGCAGAGGGACGGUGCACACACACACACCAGCGGCAGCAGGGAUAGCAGCAGCAGCAUCAGCAGAGGAACUGCUUCAUCAGCCUCUCCAUCUCCCUUCUCCGUCACUACCUUUUCCCCCUUUCUCAAAUUCCCUCUCUCCUUCCUCAUCUUCUCCUUUUCGCGUCUCCCGUUCGGGGCCGGCCGGCUUCCCAGGAUGCCUUGCUCGAGGCCGCUCCGGUAGGCCCCAGCAGCAUGGGCGGAGCCUGGGCGGGAAGAGACAUUACGGAUCGGACCCUUCCCCUCAGGACGGGCUCACUGGCGGGUCACCCUCCCUCAGCUUCAGAUGGGUGAGGACGUUGAGAGCCCCAAAAUCAACCACACCUUUCUGCGAGACUACGUCACCGAAGCUGAUGUCAUCUCUACGGUGGAGUUUAACCAGACGGGGGACCUGCUGGCCACGGGCGAUAAAGGUGGCCGUGUGGUCAUCUUUCAAAGAGAGACAGAGGUCAGUGUUCUUAUUCAGAACUCUCAGUACCCAAGAGACCGUGGUUUAAAGGUGUUCACUGAGAAUCGCCUUUUAAUCACUGGUCCUCAGUCUAAAGGGGAGUCAGAGGAGACGGGGGACUCUGGGGAGUACAACGUCUACAGCACCUUCCAGAGCCACGAGCCCGACUUUGAUUACCUGAAGAGUCUGGAGAUAGAGGAGAAGAUCAACAAGAUCCGAUGGCUGCCCCAGCAGAAUGCUGCGCAUUUCCUGCUCUCCACCAAUGAUAAGACCAUUAAACUGUGGAAGGUGAGCGAGAGAGACAAAAGACCCGAGGGUUACAACCUGAAAGAUGAGGAGGGACGGCUGAAGGAUGUUUCCACCAUCACCUCUCUGCAGGUGCCCGUACUGAGACCAACAGAUCUAAUGGUGGAGGUUCGUCCCCGACGGGUGUUCUCAAAUGGACAUACCUACCAUGUCAACUCCAUUUCUGUCAACAGCGAUGGGGAAACGUACUUGUCGGCUGAUGACCUCCGCAUCAAUAUGUGGCACCUGGGCAUCACAGACCGCAGUUUCAGUCCCAACGCUGUGUUCACCUCCACUCUCCUGAUGUGUGCGGUGUCCAUGAUCUCUGUGGUUUUAGUUCCUUUACGCGACUUCCUCUCAGAUAUUGUAGACAUCAAACCGGCCAACAUGGAGGAUCUGACGGAGGUGAUAACUGCAGCGGAGUUCCACCCCCAGCACUGCCACUUGUUUGUGUACAGCAGCAGCAAGGGAACCCUGCGCCUCUGUGACAUGAGAGCCUCGGCCCUCUGUGACAAACAUACCAAACUUUUUGAGGAGCCCGAGGAUCCGGGGAGCCGCUCCUUCUUCUCCGAGAUCAUCUCCUCCGUGUCGGAUGUCAAGUUCAGCCACAGCGGACGCUACCUGCUGACCAGAGACUACCUCACCGCGAAGGUGUGGGACCUGAACAUGGACAAGGGCCCAGUGGAAACUUACCAGGUCCACGAAUACCUGAGGAGUAAGCUGUGCUCCCUGUACGAGAACGACUGCAUCUUCGACAAGUUCGAGUGUGUCUGGAACAGCUCGGACAGCGUGAUCAUGACGGGAGCUUACAACAGCUUCUUCCGGAUGUUUGACAGGGAGACAGGGCGCGGCGUGACCCUGGAGGCGUGGAGGGAGAGCAGCAAGCCGCGGGCCGUGCUGCGGACCCGCCGGGUGUACACAGGCGGUAAGCGCCGCCGUGGCGACGUGGGCGUCGACAGCCUGGACUUCACCAAGAAAAUCCUGCACAUGGCCUGGCACCCGUCAGAGAACAUAAUCGCCAUCGCGGCCACCAACAACUUGUACAUCUUUCAGGAUCGAGUCAGCCCCGAGACACAGACACAGUGACAAGAACACUGGAAAUCGAUCCUCAUCAGACUGUUCCACUGAGUUUCAAACUCCUACGUAUAUGAAUGUUUUAGGGGGACGCCUAAGUCGAUUGGACUAACGGUAACAUUCUAAGACUAUUUACUUAGUUGAUUUAAUUUGAUCACCAAGGAAGGGAAAUGUGUGUAAUCCUUUUUCAAUAAUGAGAUGACGUGACAUCUCUACAGUGGCCAUGGAGAUGUGUUUUUUGCUGCACUCUACCACUACUUUUUGAAAAUGUUUGCAUAAUUUCACCCUCCAGGGGCAGUGAACGAGGUGCAGGGACACCUCUCCAUCUCCAAUGACUGCUGUUGAUCCCACAAUGUUGCACUACUCACCAAUGUCUAUUUCACAGUUAAGAGAAGAUAUGUGCUUUGGGCAUCACACGGUGUCUGAUGCUUUAAAGUAUACUUUAAAUGGCAGGUUGACUUUACCUGAUGUUGCAUCUAAAUCAGAGCAUUCUGAAUAUGGAGUGAUGUUAUGAUUUAGGUUCUCCACAAUGCUAUCUUUUUCUCUGUUGGGUGACAGCAGAAACGUAACCUCUCCUUUAGAGCAGCGCUCCUGGGGACUGCACGGAUAUUCAUAACCAAUAAUCUUAGCCCAAUUCACUUUGCAAUAACAGCACUAACAAGAGCAGUAUAGCGGUGUUCCUGGUUUAAAACAGAAGUUUUUAUUCUACAGAUGAAAUCCAUGUUACACUCUUUUUACAGUUAGCCAUAAAAAUUCUCUGUUUUUUUUUUUCUUUUCCAGGCGAUACCGCGUUAUCUUCAGAAAAUGAAUAGAUUUUGUCGAUUGCACUGUAAAUGAACGUUAGAUCUUACUUUUAAGACAGGUUAAACUGCACCAUGUCUGAUGUUUUUGUGAAGCAAUACAUAGAACUAAUCACUGGCUGAGAAGAAAGCAGGGAGACUGUGCACUUAUCAACACUCUGCGUUUUGUUUUGACUAUUUUUUCAAGCUUGUACUGGGUUUUGAUGGAUGUGUCAAAGUUAAUUCCUGUCUAAAAUGUACACGACUAUACAACGAAUCAUCACAACUGAGGGGAUCAGUCUCUAAUUGUUGAGCAAUCUCCUUUGUCCAAAAUUAAGGCCCACGUGGGCACAAACAUAACAAUAUAAUUAUCAUUAAGCAAGGGCGGAACUGAGAUGAGCUUUGUUUGUUUUAUCAUGCUGAAGCACAUUUUAAUAAUGGAUCUCACAAUCACGAUAAAAACAUGCACAUUGUUCAUAAAUGAGAUCCCUGACUCAGCUAAUCAAAGUUGUAAUGAAUUCAUUUGUGUCGGGUGUGUGUGAGGCUUUGAGGCGAUCAUCAGUGCAAUAUCUCGUUAUGUACGUCACAAAAGGUAUUUAAAGUCCAAACAGUGUGGGUGUUUGGACAGAUCAUACCAUAUUGUAGGUUUUAGCUGUCUUACUUUAUACCUCACAAUGCCGCAUGCUACUCUGGGGUGCUACACUGAUAAAGGGAAGGCAAACAGCAGUAACGGAAAUGUUUGCUUUGGACUGAACUGUUUGACAUUUCACUGCUUGGAGGGAAGUGCUUUUUUCUGAAGUGCUCUUUGCCAUGAUUGGAUUAGCGUUAGUUGUCCAGAUGCUGAUAUGGUAACGGGUAACAGGUGGAGUCGACUGGGGAAGCAUUUCAUUGAAAUUUUUAAAAGACCAAGUUCUGGUGCGUGAUUAGUGGUUCGCUGUUUAAGAAUUUACCCUUCAAAAAAAGAUUAAAUUGUCACGUUGCCCGGUGUCUGUUGCAGUUGAGAGGCCUCUCUUCACUUUGCUCGUACCCUUCUUGAAUGCAAACAUUAUUUUGCUCUCAGAGAUGGGAAACCACCCAAAAAAUGGUUAAUAGGGAGACAAGCCGCCCGGGGGUUGGGUGGGGGUGGGGGUGGACUGUAGUUUUGUCAGUUGUAAUCGCAUCAUAGCCACAAACACUUGCAAACGGUGAAAGGAAUUUGUGUUCAGGAUCACAGCAGCAGCAUGCCGCCAUUACUCAAAGCUACUAGAGUGUAAUUCUAUUGUACUUAAAAAGCGAAGGAAAAAAAAACACAGAUCUAACAGGACAAAAACAUAAAUUAAUUGAGGUGGAUGAAAGGAAUGUGCUUAAUAAAUGAUUAAAAAAUGUGA